UCAUCAGCAACGCCGUUACCGGUACACAAAGGCCAGACUGCGGUUUGUGUUUGACACUUGUAUUGUCAAAGUUUACCAGAGACAACAACAAACUAAAACAAUGGCCGAAGAGAAAUUAACCGGUUUGUCCAAAUACUUCAACGGCUCGACCACUGCUGGCCGUGCUAAUGUUGGAAAGGCCACAUACGCCGUUGUUGGUUUGAUCAUUGCCUACAACAUGAUGAAACCCAAGAAGAAGUGAACUUUUUCAAUAAAGUUUUCAGCAUGUGGAGUGUGUUUUCUUUGAAACACCUCCCUUCAUCAUCAUCCUCUGGUUGACAUUUUUUCAGAUGAAGACGAGUAGUAGUUUGUUAAAACAAUAAUUUAUUUUUGCGUGGAUUUUGCACAUUCAGAAUCUUACUUACUGUUUAUUGAGAGUUCUGUGAACCGAGGAUCAUUUUCGGAGUGCGCGUUGACGUUAAUAAAACCAACAAAAAAACUUAAAA